AUGGAGGUCGAAUCGGUCAAAUGUUCAGUUUGUCACGGCGGCUUCGUGGAGGAAAUGGGCAGCGUAAGACGUGAUGACGACCACCACCACCACCAAAACGACGGUGGUUCUGGUUCCGACUCCGACCGUGGCAUCUCUUUUUGGGCUCCUAUCUUGCUUACUAUGAUGGACACCCCUCGCCGUCACCGGAGAUUCAGACAACUUGGUUUAGACGAAGCGAAUGAAGAACAAAACCGCCACCAAGGAGGAGGAGAGUCGGAGUUGGAUCCUGAACAGAGGAGAAGGAGGAGCACCGCCGCCAUCUUCCACCUUCUUCAAGGUAUUCAAGCGGGAAUGGCAUCUGAAUCGGAGAACAACGAGGAGGUCGCCGGAGGAGACAGAGACAGCAACCAGGAACAAGUUAUUCUGAUCAAUCCUUUCACCCCAUCUAUCAUUGUCCACGGCGGCAGUGGUGGUGGCAACCCGUUUGACUCCAGAAACCUCUCGCAAAACCACCCAUUUGGAUCUUUUGGUGAUUACUUCAUCGGACCUGGUUUAGAACAACUCUUACAACAGUUAUCCGAAAACGACCCGAAUCGAUAUGGAACACCACCCGCCAAAAAAGAAGCAAUCGAGUCAAUGCCAAAAGUCAAAAUCGAAGAAGAUUCAAUUCAAUGUUCGGUUUGUUUGGAGGAAUUUGAAAUCGGGAAUGAAGCACGUGAAAUGCCAUGUAAACAUAGGUAUCAUGGGGAUUGUAUCUUGCCAUGGUUAGAGCUUCAUAGUUCAUGUCCAGUUUGUAGGUAUCAGAUGCCGGCUGAUGAGUCAAAGGUUGACCGAGAACAAGAAGGGUCCAGGGGUAUUAUUGGAAAUUCAUCAAACGGGGUUACGGAUCGUCUUCCGGGGACUUGGGAUCACAGCCGCGGGCCCACGAACAUGAUCAUAAUAGUCACUAAAAUGCCUUAUCUCCUCUCUUUUGUAUCUUCGUCUCUAGUUCUAUCUUUCAUUGUAAAUUGUGAUCCACCUCCACUUAUGUAUUCUUUUAAGUUGUAUACAUGUUAUCAUCCUAUGAUGGUUAGGUGUCUAUAUCCAUGUAAUUAAUAAAACUUCUUGCCAUCAUUCGUUUAAUCUUUCAAGCAAUUAUCAAUCGAAUGUAUACAAUCUUCUUCAUACAACAUAAGUCGAG